UGAUAGAUUUCGUUCCGACAAUGGUCUAUGGGAUUGUUUAUAUUUUUAAACGUUGUUUUAAAUAAAUUAUAAUAAAGUAUUGAUUUAAGCGAUUCAAUAUUUAGACAUUAUUCAUUAACCAAUAGAGAAAUAAUUAAAAUGGCCCGUUAUAGUAACGAGGCUGGAGAUGGAAAUAUUGAUCCGGCAACCAUAGUUUCUAACGUUAAAAAUAAUAUAAAGCAGGAAAUUAUAAAAGAGCUUCUACAUGGAUCAUUUCAAGACAAUAAAACAAAGCUUGGUAACGAUGCUCUAACUUUGGUCGUUGAAGUGGCAAAGUGUCUCGUCACAGAAACUUGCCUUCGGGCAUCUAGCCAAGCAUUGAAAGAAAACUGCGACAAAGUUGACAUUGAACAUGUAGAAAAAUGUUUACCACAGCUGAUGCUGGACUUUCCCUAACUGUGUAAAAAUUUCAAAUUUUCUCAUAGGUUUGUUUACACAGAUCACAUCCAAUAUGUGCCAUUAUCAUAGAACAUGUUCAUUUAUUUUUAAGAAAAAACUUUCUAAAAUGAUUUAUUUUUGUUAAUAAUCAAGAAUGGAGCCCAACUAAUAAAUUAUUAUGUG